GUUUGAUCCCAGGACCCUGGGAUCAUGACCUGAGACGAAGGCAGACGCUUAACAACUGAGUCACCCAGGCACCCCUCUUUGAAAAUUUCUAAGGAGCCCUGGGACCCCAGCUUUAGGCCCAGUUGCAGUAGAGGAGGGGAAGGCAGACCUGAGCAAGUGGGGGGUUUCUUGUCCCCACCCAGCCUCGCAGAAGCUGCCCCCUUCUAUGGAGAGUCAGGCAGGACUCUCUGUCCUUCCGUGUCCUCUGAGAUCACAGGUAUGUUCAGACGCCCACAAUGCCUGUGUCCCAAGCUCUGUGGCCCGUCAAGGGCAGGGCCGAGCUGGCUCCCUUCUCAGAUGGUGGCUUGGCAAGAGGGAACUUGGCAGAUCUAGCCACUCACUGUCCCCAGAUGGUACCAACUUAGUUCUUGCCCUUCCUGGCUUUGUGACCUUGGGCAAGGUGCUAAACAUCUCUGAGCCUUGUCUCCCAUCUGUGAAAUGGGACCAGGAUGGCCACCUACCUCACUGAGUGGCAAUGGGGAUUAAACGUGGUAAUUCUCAUAAAGAGCUCAAUAAAGGCCACAAUCAGCACUGGGUAUACAUUCACAUCGUGGGCGCUGGAAGCUCCACCCCCCUGCUGCCUCUCUCCCUCCCAGAGGCCACCUGUACCCAUCCCCCCAACCCCUCCCUGCCCAGGGCACCUUAGGACGAGGCUGCCAGGCAAGGAGGAGCAUGGCGGACACACGGCUGAAUUUGGCCUAUGCGUCGGGCGGCUGAGUCACAUCCCCAAACUGCAUCUUCAUCAGUGCGUUUCGGAAGGUCGUUUGCAGCACCCCACCCCCUCCAGGCGCUGUCUGCCAGGCCACUUGCCUCUCCUACCUAUGCCCCUGAGCCCCAGGCGAGGACCUUCUGCGCUCUCAGGAGAGAUGGUCAGCGCGGGCACCCAGUCUCUGAGCCAUGCUGGGCCCCGGGCGGCCUACAGCGAGCCCAACCCCGGCGCCCACAUAGUCAUGAACAGCCACAGCCCCAGCCCCCACAUGGCCCGAGCCUCCAGGUGGUGGUGGCCAAGAGCGAGCCAGCCCGGCCCUCACCCAGCAGUCCCCGGGGACAGCCCCAGGACCAGGAAGAGGAGGAAGACGAUGAAGAGGAUGAGGCAGGCAGGAGGAGGGACUCAGGGAAGACCCCAAACGUGGGCCACCGCCUGGGCCACCGGCGGGCACUCUUUGAGAAGCGGAAGCGCCUCAGCGACUACGCCCUCAUCUUCGGCAUGUUCGGCAUUGUUGUGAUGGUGACCGAGACGGAGCUGUCCUGGGGGGUCUACACCAAGGAGUCCCUGUACUCAUUUGCACUCAAAUGCCUCAUCAGCCUCUCUACUGUCAUCCUGCUGGGCCUGGUCGUCCUGUACCACGCCCGGGAGAUCCAGCUGUUCAUGGUGGACAACGGGGCGGACGACUGGCGCAUCGCCAUGACGUGCGAGCGGGUCUUCCUCAUCUCCCUGGAGCUGGCCGUGUGCGCCAUCCACCCGGUGCCCGGCCACUACCGCUUCACGUGGACAGCGCGGCUGGCCUUCACGUACGCGCCAUCGGCGGCCGAGGCCGACGUGGACGUGCUACUGUCCGUGCCCAUGUUCCUGCGCCUCUACCUGCUGGGCCGCGUCAUGCUGCUGCACAGCAAGAUAUUCACAGACGCUUCCAGCCGCAGCAUCGGCGCGCUCAACAAGAUCACCUUCAACACACGCUUCGUCAUGAAGACUCUCAUGACCAUCUGCCCGGGCACCGUGCUGCUCGUCUUCAGCAUCUCCUCCUGGAUCAUCGCUGCCUGGACCGUGCGUGUCUGUGAGAGGGAAAACAUAUACCAUGACAAGCAGGAAGUGACCAGCAAUUUUCUGGGGGCCAUGUGGCUCAUCUCCAUCACCUUCCUCUCCAUCGGCUAUGGUGACAUGGUGCCCCACACCUACUGUGGGAAGGGCGUGUGCCUGCUCACUGGCAUCAUGGGGGCUGGCUGCACAGCGCUUGUGGUGGCCGUGGUGGCCCGGAAACUGGAGCUCACCAAGGCAGAGAAACACGUGCACAACUUCAUGAUGGACACUCAGCUCACCAAGCGGGUAAAAAAUGCCGCUGCUAACGUUCUCAGGGAGACGUGGCUCAUCUACAAACACACCAGGCUGGUGAAGAAGCCAGACCAAGCCCGGGUUCGGAAACACCAGCGUAAGUUCCUCCAAGCCAUCCAUCAAGCUCAGAAGCUCCGGAGCGUGAAGAUUGAGCAGGGGAAGCUGAAUGACCAGGCCAACACUCUCGCGGACCUGGCCAAGACCCAGAAUGUCCUGUACGACCUCAUGUCCGAGCUGCAUGCCCAGCACGAGGAGCUCGAGGCCCGCCUGGCCGCCCUCGAGAGCCGCCUGGAUGCGCUGGGAGCCUCCCUGCAGGCCCUGCCUGGCCUCAUCGCCCAAGCCAUACGCCCGCCCCCACCACCCCUGCCGCCCCGGCCUGGCCCCGGACCCCCGGACCAGGCAGCCCGGAGCCCCCCAUGCCAGUGGCCACCUGUGGCCCCUUCAGACUGCGGGUGACUAACCCUGCCCACCACCAGACCCCUCAAUCUUGGCCAUCGUGUGGCCGCCACCUCCACGCCAUCUGAGAAGCCCUGUACAGUGGCGCCUCUUGGAGUUCAAGGAGCCGAAGCUGAGUUGGGCUGAGUGGACCAGGGCUCGCCCCACCCAGACCGUCUGGGCAGAAGACAGGGCCGGACCGCAGGCAAGGGCAGGGGUGGACCACUGCCCGCUUCCUCCCUGAUUGGAGCCGGGGCGGGGGACUGCCAGGAGCUUCCUUUUGGUCCCCUGGCCCCCCAACUCUCCCCAGGCCCCCGGUGGGCAUGGAGCAACCAGGAGAGGGGUCCUUGCCAGUUCUGAAUAAAGCAGGACCCACCCAGCUGCUGCCUGGUUUUGCAUGGCUAUGGGACACUGGUCAUCACAGCAUGGGAGGUGGCCGCUCAACUCCAGGUCCCAGAACGGAUGUGGGGAUCCAGCCGAGCCGGUC